AUGGGCACUAGUGCGAUGCGGCGCAAGGCACGGUUGUCCGAGUCGGAUACGUUGAAUGCGGAAAAAUACCGCGGUACCCGAGCAUCGCGUGCGGAAAUGUUUCAAAACGAGGGAGAAAGCAGUGAUGCAGACGGGAUAGAAGAUGACGACGACGAAGACGACGACGAAGACGACGACAUCGGCGACAUUGGCGAAGACGGCAUUGACGACGAUGAAGACGAUGAAGACGAUGAAGACGACGACGAUGAAAUCGGCGAAGAUGAUAACCUCGACAUUGUCAAAGACGACGAUGAAGACGACGACGACAUCGAUGAGGACAAUGACAAUGAUCACCACCACAUCACCGCCCAAGACGGCUCCAUGAAAGACAAUACCGGCGAUAUCCAUACAGUAGCAGCCCAAGAAGAAAACUCCAGUGUGCUCCUUGGUCAGCUUCACUCAAAGCAAACACAGGAUGCACACAAAGGGCACCAAGUACACAAACAAGUCCGCGCGUGGGAGCGUGCGCUCCGCAUCCGCAUUGCAUUUCAGAAGCUAUGUGCGGGCACAUCGCAGCUUCCACCAAGCAACAAUAUGCAUGCAUAUCUAGCGCAAGCCCCUGAGGCACAUGCAACACUAACACAAGCAGUUACAGAGCUUGAAACGGCCGCAGAAACAUUGCAGGGAAUCCGCACACGACUGUGGACCGACAAUAUGCGCGCACUUGCGCCGCAGCUUAACAAGGUUGGGCGCGAUACAAGUGGUUCAACUGCACUAGCCGACCUGGAAACCACAUUGGAAGCACCGCGCCGUGCGCUCCUUGCGCGGUGGUCAAAUAAAGUCGCAGCUGCGCCCGACACAAACAAGGCAGGCUCCAAGCUCAACUUGCGUGCCAUCAACCAGAACGUUGUAGAUCAACUGGAUCAAGCACUUGCAGGCGAUGGUCUCCAGCGGCUCUUGGAACGUACCCGUGUGUGGCGCUCUGACCCCGCCGAGCUCUUGGGGCGCGACACGGAUGAGAGCCAAGAUGCGCCGCGCGACGACGUUUUUGACGAUAGCGAUUUCUACGGCCAGCUACUGCGUGACUUGAUUGACAAUGCACACGCCCUUGAAGCUGGCACAGCCGCAUAUGCUUCGCAUGCACUGCAAUCCAAAAAACGCAAACGCGCCGUCGAUGUGCGUGCCAGCAAAGGCCGCCGCAUUCGCUACGAAGUGAUGGAAAAGGUGCAAAAUUUUAUGCCGCUUAUUCCCCGCACGCUCUGGGACGAUGCACAAUCUGCACGCUUCUUUGCAAAUCUCGCGGGCAGCACGGAAGCAGCCGAGGCAGAGGACACGGAGAAGGCAGCGCAGCACGACGGGUUCCGCCUAUUUGCCUAG